AGCAGAUAACCUGCGGUGGUUGACGGGAGCCCAUGUCGUCCACUUUCGUAUGGCCCAAUUUCCACGAAAGCAAGACGCGACGCGUGCACACCCCCUGCCCAUUCCUUCUUUUUUCCCAACCUUCCAAACCAUGCCGCACGGACUUGAUAAUGUGUAUUGUACGCGGACGGAAGCGGCCCCAAGACACCUGUAUCGAGUAUGGGAUGGCAAUUGAUGGAUGGGGAGGUGAUUGAUUUGGAAAUAGGGCAGAACAAAAAGGCCGAGACGUGAGGCCAUCGCUUCGGUGGCUGUUUGAAUAUCGUCGUUCCUUUUUCAUAGCAGGCGGAGUAUAAAAAGAUACCACUACCACAUCCGGUCGCUCGCCGUAGCCGUACAUCUGGAUCUCGAAAUCAAGCGCCUGUCAGUACGGUGUGCAAUCGACCACCCUCAGUCACCAGAAGCAUCACCCCAAUACGACAAGAGCGCACGGCACACGAGAACCAAAUCCACAUCAAAGAUGCCAGCCCUCACCCGUGUGCUCCUCGCCCUGACGCUGGCGCUCACAGUCAUCACCGCGCAAGCCCAAGCGGAAGUCCAACCAUCAUCAACACGCGACCUGCAGAUCGGAAAUGACGCAGAACCACAUGUACAUGAACUCCACAUCCCCUAUGAACUCAUCAUCGACGUCCCCGUCGCGCAUGCUGGGAAUCAUCGCCGAGCCGAAAGCGACGUCAGUCUGCGCGAUGCAGAUCUCGCUGAUCUGCUCGAAGACACACAUAUUAAGACGCAUGAACCAGCGAAACAGCAUUGGCAUCGUCGACACGCACGGGACUCCGCUGCAAGGGAAUGGCAUGUUGCCAUGCAUCCGAGGGAUCGGAAAGGGAAGGAGAAGGAGAAGGAGAAGGAGAGGGGUGUCAAGAGGCGGGUGCAUUCCCGCACCGCCGCCGUCGCGCACCACCCAAGUGAUUUGAAGACUCCGACGCCGACAGCGACACCAAGACCCACACCGACAAACGCGAAACAACCCACCAACUCAAACGAAAAACAAGACAACAGAAACGCAGAGGAAAAUGAUUUCCUCCCGCUCCGCCUCCCCCCGCUCCGCAUCCCGCUCCCCAUCGCCCUCCCGACACUGUUACCUGGGGUCGUUCCCAUACCUCUCCGGCGGGACGACGAAAGCCGGCCCGACGAUGAUGAUGAUGGUGAAGCGCGUGGACAUAUACGCAUGCGAGACGGGAGUAAGGAAGGGUUGUAUAGACGGGGGAGGAGGGGUAUCCCCGCGGUGCGACAAGACGGGGAUGAUCACCAGGAUUUGAGGUUCUCCAUCAGCUUCACCGACGACAUUUCGAACGAUGGCAUCAAGCUAGGCGCGACGACUACGAUCACAGCAACGGCGACCUCUGCCCAUCGGACGCAGUCUCCCGACGAUCUCGUUCGCUCGCACACAUUCGCGCCGACACGAACCCGCAGCGGCCUCCCGGCAUGGGUGACUGAGCCGCGGGCGCAACUACCUGACGAGCACGGUCGAGGGCGAGGGCGGGGGCGUGGAAAGGGGAAGGGUGGGAAAGGGGGCAAAGACGACAAGCAGGAGGGUGAAGGGAAGCACGGCAAGGGGAGAGGAAAACAUAUCGAGGAAGAGAAGGAGCACGGAGAAGCGAGGCACGAGGACGAUGGCGUAACUCCGCCUGGUCUGACCGCCACCACCGCAUUCACCACCGACGCAUUGUCUACCACCAUCGUCGGUGAUGACCCGCAUGCCUCAACCGCACGAUUCGCCGCCACUACAAUCGACACCCACACCCCACGCCCAACAUCCACACCCUGGCUCACCCCUCAAAAUCAAGAACUAAAAGCGGAGAUGGACACGACCACCGCGGACGUGGAUAUCGCACCCCACCAACAACAGCGGACAGGUGUCGUCGCCGCCAUCGCAUCGGCAGUCUUGGCGUUUAUCAUCCUUGUGGCGGGGGUGUUUAUGUGGCGUCGGAAGCACAAAAAACCCUUCCACCGCCUCCCGACAAUGUCCCACCUCCCGCCCCCCGCCAACUCGCCCUCCCUCACAUCACUCACAAGCAAAAAACCAACACUCAAAUUUAACGAUGAGAAACGGUUGGAGUUGCCUUUUCAUUCUACGCCGGCCCUAAAUGAUGUCAUGGGGAAUGAGUGGUCGCCGAUAUCACCCAUCGAGCCACCAAGGGGGGCCAAGGGAAGGGGGUUGGUUUGGCCUGAUGUACAAGUGGGGAGGGGUGAGGUUGCGGGGCGGCGGACGUGA